UCGCCCAUGAUUUCCAUCAAUGAAAAGUCAAGUUGAUGAAGAGCAGAGUCAACAGAUGAGAAAACAACCCAUCUCUGGUCUGGUGGCUUCAAUUCACCAGUACCACAGGCAAGAAAAUUUCAAAGACGCCAUGCUCUUCGAUUCACAUUGACUGACUCUGAUAAUUCCCAGUUGCUCAAAGGUGCCAUCUUUUACUUUUGGUAUUGACAUCACAACAACAAACUACUUAGAAUAUUCAAAUUUCGCGGACAGAAUAAAGAAUUAGAGAGGGAGGCAAGCCAAUAAGAUUAUUAGCUGUGUUCAAGUCAAAAUCCACAGCUACUGGAAUCUUCUUGCUCGCCCAUUCCAAUCUCAGCUCAACCAAUAAUCAAACCUCCUUGCCUUCCCCAAAUACCCAGUCCUUGUGAUUCCAGAAAAAAAAAUGAAUCCAGAGAAGCUUGAGCCUGGGAAUGCCACAGAUUCUGAAUUCUCAGUCACCUCUUCUGAUACCCAUUCUGUCACCUCAGAGCAAUCGUCUUCUUGUUCUUCUUCUUCAUCAGCAAGAACACCCAGCAGCAGAAAGGAGUUUGAAUCAAAUGAUUCCAGGAGACAGGACCAGAAACAGCGGUCAUUGGGUUCUGAUGAUCGAGCAGCACCUUCAUCGCCAAAUUAUAUGAAGACCACCACAUCCACUGUAGCAAAGAAGAGCAACAGAGAUUCCCAGAGAUCAGGAGGCAGAAGUCUUACUAGGAGAGGCAGUUUCAUGAAGCCUGCAAAGGGUUUGACCAGGCUGUCUAGCUCGAAAUUCAGGAUGAGGAAAUCUUUCAGAAGGGGCAGGCCAGUUAGUUCAGUAUCUGAUGAUUUUGAUUGGUCUUCUUCCGAUUCUGAGGGAGGAAGGACUGGUGGGUCCAAAUCUGUGAGGACUUUAGUAAAGGUGUCAAGUCAGAGAAUAAGGAGGCGAUCUGGAUCAAGGGCAGUGAAAACCACUAGUUCAUCAGCUCUCAAGGAUUCUAAGGCUGCAGGAAGCCGCUCCGAUGGAAGUUCUUCUGUUGCUGAUGCUGAUGCUGGAAUGAAGGUUUGUCCAUACAGCUACUGUUCAUUGCACGGCCAUCACCAUUCCAAUAAUGAUCAAGCGCCUUCACUGAAACGGUUUGUGUCAAUGAGAAGGAGAAUGUUGAAACCCCAGAAGAUGAUUGAUAAUUCAUCUGAGAAAGUUAGCCAGCAGUCUUCUUAUAGUAAGAGGCCAAAACGUUCCUACAAGAAAAACCAAGUGGAUCAAACCAAAAAGGGUGAUGUCGUUUCUGAAAGUUGUGAACUUGGACAGGCAGCUAAUGGCGGCAGACCAAAUUCUUGUGUCAAAGUAGAGGGUGGGUCGUUAGAGGCCGAUUUCUCGAAUCUCUGUGAAGGUCACAAUCAGCCACAGUACACAUCACGAGGGAUUAAAGACUUGGUCAAUUCUCCUUCUGCUAAAGGACAGAAUCCAGAAAUAGAAGAUCAUCAUUCUCCAGAUCAUAAGCCUGAUGGUGGCCAUCUUUCGUCUGAAAACUCUAUGGAGAAGAAUAAUUUCAUCGGAUUAUGGGGCUUGAUCUAUCAGCAUAUGGUAUCGGGAACUGCUGUGGCAGAUGGUGGUGAAUCUCAGCAGCCUGAGAAAUUUGGGGAGCAAGAUGUUGAGGAAUCUUCUGGAAUGGAUCAAAGAGCUGAUGCAGAAGUUGAUUCCCACAAGCAUGAUGCAAUCAAGUUGGUUCAGGAAGCAUUUGACAACAUCCUGUUGGAGAUUCCGGACCCUUUAUCUGAUAACCAAUCGGUGGGUUCUGUAGACACAGCUUCUCAUGAGCUUGGAGACAACAAGAACAACAACACCAGUUCACCAACGGAACAGGUUCAACAAGAGCAAAUGAAGCUGGAAGCUGAUAUUUCUAACGGCUCUGAUCGAGAUAAAGCAGAAGCACAGGUAGGAAACAAAUCUGGUAAGAAAAGGCUCGAUGGUUGGAGCAAUCUGAAAAAGAUUAUGUUAAUGAAAAGAUUUGUCAAGGCAAUGGAGAAGGUCAAAAACUACAACAACACACACAAGGCUCGAGGUCAGUCUAUAGAGCAAGAGGGGGAAGCAGUAGAAAUGGUUAAUCUACGUCCUCAAUCGAUUGGGCAGAAGAACUCGGAGGAAUGGAUGCUUGAUUAUGCUAUUCAGAAGGUCAUUUCAACAAUGGCUCCAGCUCAGAAAAGGAAAGUGGCUCUUAUUGUACAAGCAUUUGAAACAGUAGCACCUCAGGGAGAAGCUGGCAGUCAUGCAGCUUCUUCUACUCCGAGGACUCCAGUUCAUACAAGUCGCGACAUCUCAACUCAGAAGGUCCAUGAGCAGGAGGAAGAGAACACAAGAUUUGGCAUCCUACUGCGGAAGGUAUCUACUGGUUCCAAAGAUAAUCAUGAUCAAGAUGGUGGUGCCUGCACAGUAAAACAGCAAAUCCAUGUGCCUUGUCCUGAACCAGAAGUCGAUGAACUAGCUUCAGAAACUGGUGCUGCAGACUCGGCUGUUCAUGAUGAUACUGGUGAUUUCACUAGGCUCGAACCAGAUUCCGGUGAACACAUUGAUCAAAUUGGUGAAGAAUCAGAUGAACCAGGAUACCAAACUUCAAAUACUACCCAUCAGGAGGAACUAAUUCUAGACGACAGUUUUGAUAAGGAUAGAUCAGAAGAAAUCACAAACGGAAAUGGUGACCCUCAACCAGCCACUGCAGCUGAAAACCUUGUGGGGAAGCAGCAACAUAUGCAGCUUUGGUAUCUGAUAUACAACCACAUGGUUUCAGGAACAACAGAACCACUUCAAGAAAAUGGCGAAGAAGAAGAAGAAGACACACUUAGUGGAAGGAAUGAGUCUCAUUCUCAGCUCGAAGCCAUAAGGCUUGUGGAAGAGGCUAUCGACAAAAUCCCUCUUCCAGAGACUCGAGACGAAGUACAAACCUCAGUAAAUCCCCAUGUAGAAGAAGCUUCAACUGGCUGCAACAAAGAGACACUUGAAGAAGAACCCAAUAGUUGCAAAGAUGGAAAAGGAAAGGAACAAUCAAACCCACCAUUUAGGAAGAGCUGGAGCAAUCUGAAGAAGGUGAUAUUGCUCAAGAGAUUCAUCAAGUCAUUGGAGAAAGUGAAUGACAGCCGCUUGACUUCCUCGGCAAGGAAGGUCAUUAGUCCAAGGGAACCACAGUUUCUGGCUAUGGAGCAUGAAAAAGAGGCAGAGAAGAUCCAGCUGAGGCGCCAGAAUGUAGGAGGUAGGAAAAGUGGUGACGAAUGGAUGCUUGAUUAUGCUCUUCGACAGGUCGUAGCACAACUGACACCGGUCAGGAGAAGGAAAGUUGAGCUGCUGGUCGAGGCUUUUGAGACUGUCACUCCUAUUGGCAGCUGAAACCAAACUGCCUUGCAAGCCCCGCAGAUAAUUCCUUGUAGGUGUCAAACAUACAUUGUAGUGAAGUAGAUUGUUGCUUCGUCAUUUUUGUACUGGUUUUGUAUGUCUGCAAUUUGAUCUCUACACUCUGUAAUAUUUGUACUGCACAUAAUCUGAAGCUUGAUAAAUAGUGAUGAGCUUG